AUGCUAUUACUCAAUCCCGAGAAAGUCAUCGGCUCAUCGGAUUCUUCAUCUGUCCUCAAAAUUUCAAGGGAAAAAAUGAGAGAAAUUCUUCACGUUCAGGGAGGCCAAUGCGGUAACCAGAUUGGAUCAAAGUUCUGGGAGGUUGUGUGUGAUGAGCACGGCAUAGACCCAACUGGCCGCUAUGUUGGAACUUCUGACUUGCAAUUAGAGCGUGUCAAUGUGUACUAUAAUGAGGCGUCCUGUGGGAGGUUUGUUCCACGUGCAGUGCUCAUGGAUCUGGAGCCUGGAACUAUGGACAGUGUCCGCACUGGUCCAUAUGGCCAGAUUUUCAGGCCUGAUAAUUUUGUCUUUGGUCAGUCUGGUGCUGGAAAUAACUGGGCUAAAGGGCACUACACAGAGGGUGCUGAGCUUAUUGACUCGGUUCUUGAUGUUGUGAGAAAGGAGGCUGAGAAUUGUGACUGUCUUCAAGGGUUUCAAGUGUGCCACUCGCUUGGUGGAGGAACAGGUUCUGGCAUGGGUACCUUGUUGAUCUCAAAGAUUAGGGAAGAGUACCCGGAUAGGAUGAUGCUGACAUUCUCAGUGUUCCCUUCACCCAAGGUCUCAGAUACCGUGGUUGAACCAUACAAUGCCACACUUUCAGUGCAUCAGCUUGUUGAGAAUGCAGAUGAAUGCAUGGUGCUAGACAAUGAAGCUUUAUAUGAUAUUUGUUUCAGGACCCUCAAACUUACCACUCCUAGCUUUGGUGAUCUGAACCAUUUAAUUUCUGCAACCAUGAGCGGGGUCACUUGCUGCCUUCGAUUCCCUGGUCAACUUAACUCUGAUCUACGAAAGCUUGCUGUCAACCUGAUCCCAUUCCCCCGUUUGCACUUUUUCAUGGUUGGGUUUGCUCCACUGACAUCUCGUGGUUCCCAACAAUAUCGUGCCCUUACAGUCCCUGAGCUGACCCAGCAAAUGUGGGAUGCCAAGAAUAUGAUGUGUGCUGCUGACCCACGCCAUGGACGUUACCUCACUGCCUCAGCCAUGUUCAGAGGCAAAAUGAGCACCAAGGAAGUGGAUGAACAGAUGAUUAACGUUCAAAACAAGAACUCUUCAUACUUUGUUGAGUGGAUUCCAAACAACGUGAAAUCAAGUGUCUGUGAUAUCCCACCAAGAGGGCUUUCAAUGGCAUCCACCUUUGUUGGGAACUCGACCUCCAUUCAGGAAAUGUUCAGGAGAGUGAGUGAGCAGUUUACUGCUAUGUUCAGGAGGAAGGCUUUCUUGCAUUGGUAUACUGGUGAAGGUAUGGACGAGAUGGAGUUCACAGAAGCCGAAAGCAACAUGAAUGAUCUCGUCUCAGAGUACCAGCAGUACCAGGAUGCUACUGCAGAUGAGGAAGGUGAUUACGAGGAGGAAGGUGAAUAUGACGAACAUGCGUGA